CGCAGCAGGGCAGCUGUUGGACCGGGUUAUUUCGGGCAUUCGGGCGGGCGACCCGCGUAGGCCUGUGAAAGCCCCGUGUCGUCAGGGCGGGUGGGAGCGGCGUCUCUGGGUACGGGUUCGGGCAAAGGGCAAAGGUCAAAGGUCAGCGUUCGAGCUGGUCUGCUUCCCCGUUUAACCAUGGCAGCUUCUGGGGAGCCCGGGAAGCAGUGUCCAGAGGAGGAGGCCGCGGUGGUAGUGGUGGGUUCCUGCAUGACAGACCUGGUCAGUCUUACUUCUCGCUUGCCAAAAACUGGAGAAACCAUCCAUGGACAUAAAUUUUUUAUUGGCUUUGGAGGGAAAGGUGCCAACCAGUGUGUCCAGGCUGCCAGGCUUGGAGCAAAGACAUCCAUGGUAUGCAAGGUUGGCAAGGAUUCUUUUGGCAAUGAUUAUGUAGAAAACUUAAAACAGAAUGAUAUUUCUACAGAAUUUACAUACCAGACUAAAGAUGCUGCUACUGGAGCUGCUUCUAUAAUUGUCAAUAAUGAAGGUCAGAACAUCAUCAUCAUUGUGGCUGGAGCGAAUUUACUUUUGAAUACUGAAGACCUGAGGGAGGCAGCCAGUGUCAUUAGCAGAGCCAAAGUGAUGAUCUGCCAGCUAGAAAUAACUCCAGCAACCUCUCUGGAAGCCCUGACAAUGGCUCGCAACAGUGGAGUGAAAACAUUGUUCAAUCCAGCUCCUGCCAUUGCUGGCCUGGAUCCCCAGUUCUAUACCCUCUCAGAUGUGUUCUGCUGCAAUGAAAGUGAGGCUGAGAUUUUAACCGGCCUCACAGUGAGCAGCCAGGCAGAGGCUGGGAAGGCUGCCCUAGUGCUCCUGGCGAGGGGCUGCCUGGUCGUAAUCAUCACCUUGGGGGCUGACGGCUGCGUGACAGUGUCACAGACAGAGCCUGUUCCAAAGCACAUUCCCACAGAGAAAGUCAAGGCUGUGGACACCACGGGUGCUGGUGACAGUUUUGUGGGAGCCUUGGCCUUCUACCUGGCUUACUACCCAAAUCUGUCCUUGGAAGAAAUGCUCAAGAGAUCCAAUUUCAUCGCAGCAGUGAGCGUCAAGACCACAGGAACACAGUCAUCCUAUCCAUACAAAAAAGACCUUCCACUUACUCUGUUUUGAAUGCUGUUAACCCCCAAAUAAAUAUACCUGGAAAUAAAAUGUAUUUGUGGGUGGCCAAUCUUAGCAAACACUUACUAGAAAACCUUUUUUUCUUUGCAAAUAUUAUGCCCAUUUACUAAAUCUUCAAGCUUUCAUUUGUAAAUAACAAUCCUUUUACUUUCCAGGCAUUCCAGGCAACUACAAUUGGAUUCCAUAAUCCAUAUCUGUGCAAACAUUACCACUCUUCAAGGCCAGCAAAUGCUAUUGUCAACGUAUUGUUAAUGUUAUGUGUGCACCACAAUCUAGAGCUUUUGGUGCUAGGAUUAAGGAUGUGUGAUUAGUGACACGAUGGUAUGGCACCACCCUAAUCCCAGUAGUCCAAAUAAAAGAGUAAGUUCCUGUUAAAUUCUCUUACUGCUUUGCCAUCUUAUUGGGUUGCCAUCAGGUGUUGAGCGCCAGAGCAGAGAAUGUCCAAGAAAGCAAAGGGACAUAGGAAUGAUCUCCCAUGCACCUUCUGGGAGAGGCAUCUGGUACUCUUGAACUUAAGACUGUCAAAGUAUCUCUUGCUACUUUGCUACCUUCAGGCUGCCAUGAACUGUUGCCCCUCUGCCACCUUGCCUUGGAGCCAGCCAAUUAUGGACUGAAACCU